AUGUUUAGCGCGUCUCUGAGUCUCGACCCUGGUCAUCGGGCCCCGAUUUACGAUGCUCGUCUAAACAUCUUCGGCAAUCGGCUAGCGACGUGUUCGGGCGAUCAACUCGUGAAAAUCUUUGAGGUCCGAGAGAACAGCCUUUUGCAACUGGCCGAGCUGGGCGGUCACCAGGGUCCCGUUUGGCAAGUCGACUGGGCGCAUCCGCGUUUUGGAACACUGUGCGCAUCGGCGGGAUAUGAUAGCCGUGUCAUCUUUUGGCAAGAGAAGGAAACCGGCUGGGAGAAGCUCUACGAAUAUUCGGAACACUCAGGAUCGGUCAAUACUUUAUCAUUUGCAUCGGAACGUUUUGGAUUGAAAUUGGCGUGUGGAUCGAAUGAUGGCAGUAUUAGCAUUCACUCAUACGAUCACGUGAACGGACGAUGGGAGGCCGUCAAAAUAGAGAACGCUCAUUCACAGGGCAUUACGUCGAUUUCUUGGGCGCCAGCGGUUCCCAUUGAUGAAGAGCAGAAAAUUUUCGAACCCCGUUUCAUCACGUGUGGAAACGAUACGUUUUUGAAGAUCUGGGCAUUUCGCGAGAACAGCUGGGAACUGGAGAAAGUGCUCGUCGCGCACACCGAUUUCGUUCGCGAUGUCGCCUGGUGUCCGAUUGUGUACGACGGUUUGCACAAGAUACUCAGCGUUGGUCAGGAUCGACAGGUUCUCCUAUGGCGCUCGAAAGCCAUCGGCAAAGAGGAAUGGGGAUUUGAGCAGAUAACGAAGACAGAAGGCGCCAUCUGGCACGCGUGUUGGAGUCCUUGUGCCACGCUUUUCACCAUAUCCGGCGAGGAUAAUAAGAACACAUUCUUCCGCGAGUACGGAAACAAUUGGGUGGAGAUCAAAGAGGAGAAUGAGGGAAACGGUGAAGCGGAAACGAAUGCA